AUGACGGGACUCAGGCCCUCAGUAACAGGCGGCUUUGGGGGCUCCUGCCGGCCGCCUUUGCGGCCGGGGCUGCGUCCCCCGGGGAGGCCCUGCCGAAGCCCUCGGCAUGGGGGAGCCCCUGGCCUCGAGCAGAGACCCCUCUCAGCUCAGCCACCCAAGCGGCGGUGGACGUGUCCCGCCCACGCUGGGGUGAGGGCCGACAUGGCCCCCCGAAACCACACGCCCUGGCUCCAGCGCCAGCCCUCACCCCGGCAUGGAACAGUGGUUUUGGUGCGAAUUGGGUUCACUGAGAGAAAAGUUACGCUGAAAGUGAGUUGGGAAGAGCUACUUGAUGAAGAUGAGAUACUUUGUGUGCAAGGAGUAAUUUUGGGUGAGGAUUGUCAGGCAUAUAUUGAUCGUCAUGGCAAGGCACAACCUGCAAAAUCCUGUCACAACUUCUGCUGUGGAGAUUGCAUGCAUCAGUACUGUUGCUCUAAUGUGUUCUUAAAAUUUGAUGAAGAACGACAAUUUCAGUGUAAUCUGCUUAAUGGAAGGACUUCUGACUCAAGCAAUGUGAAUUACAUGCAGUUUUUUUCGGACCCUGAUGAUUAUAUUUCUUCUGGGCCCAGUUUUGGAACCCUUGUUGCGAUUGGAAUUACUGUUUGUGCAGUGAUUGCAAUUACUAUUAUUCUGUGCCUCACCUGUUCGUGUUGCUGUUUGUAUAAAGCAUGUCGAAGACCACGGCCUGUUGUGACCACUACUACUUCCACUACAGUGGUUCACGCUCCCUAUCCCCAACAACAGGGAGUGCCACCCAACUACCCGGUAGCCCCAUAUCAAGGAUAUCAGCCUGUGGCUAUCCAGCCACAACCAGGCAUGCCGGUAGCACCGUACCCUGCACAGUAUCCUCCCCCUUACCCCAUGCAGCCAUCAGGACCCCCAGCUUAUCAUGAGACGGUGGCAGCUGGUGCUGGAGCACCUUACCCAAUCAGCCAGCCCCCUUACAACCCUGCUUAUGUGGAUCCUCAGAAGCCCACCUAUUGA